CCGCGAUGGCCGGCCGCUGAGUCCUGGCUCGGCACGGCCACCUCAGCGCGCUCGGCAUGGCUGCGAGAGAGGAGCUGUACAGCAAAGUCACCCCGCGGAGGAACCGCCAGCAGCGCCCCGGCACCAUCAAGCACGGGUCGGCGCUCGACGUGCUGCUCUCCAUGGGGUUCCCCCGAGCGCGCGCACAAAAAGCCCUGGCAUCCACAGGAGGAAGAAGUGUUCAGGCGGCAUGUGACUGGUUGUUCUCCCACGUCGGCGACCCCUUCCUGGAUGAUCCCCUGCCCCGGGAAUAUGUCCUCUACCUCCGCCCCACCGGCCCCUUGGCACAGAAGCUGUCGGACUUUUGGCAGCAGUCGAAGCAGAUCUGCGGGAAGAACAAGGCACACAACAUCUUUCCCCACAUCACCCUCUGCCAGUUCUUUAUGUGUGAGGACAGCAAGGUGGACGCCCUGGGGGAGGCCCUGCAGACCACGGUCAGCCGCUGGAAGUGUAAGUUCUCCGCCCCGCUGCCCCUGGAGCUCUACACCUCCUCCAACUUCAUCGGUCUCUUCGUGAAGGAAGACAGCGCCGAGGUCCUCAAGAAAUUUGCUGCUGACUUUGCUGCGGAGGCCGCGUCCAAAACCGAAGUGCAUGUGGAACCUCACAAGAAGCAGCUACAUGUGACCCUGGCUUACCACUUCCAAGCCAGCCACCUACCCACCCUGGAGAAGCUAGCCCAGAACAUUGAUGUCAAACUCGGGUGCGACUGGGUGGCCACCAUAUUCUCUCGAGACAUCCGAUUUGCUAACCACGAGACAUUACAGGUGAUCUACCCCUACACCCCCCAGAACGAUGAUGAGCUGGAGCUGGUCCCAGGGGACUUCAUCUUCAUGUCUCCCAUGGAGCAGACCAGCACCAGCGAGGGCUGGCUCUAUGGCACCUCCUUAACCACUGGCUGCUCUGGACUCCUGCCCGAGAACUACAUUACCAAGGCUGACGAGUGCAGCACCUGGAUAUUUCACGGUUCGUACUCCAUCUUAAAUACAACAUCAUCCAGCUCGCUCACCUUUGGGGACGGCGUAUUGGAAAGGCGGCAGUAUGAGGACCAGGGACUGGGGGAGACGGCAGCCCUCACUAUCAUCUGUCAGCCGAUGCAGCCUCUCAGAGUCAACAACCAGCCUGGCCCCCAAAAGCGAUGCCUUUUUGUGUGUCGGCACGGAGAGAGGAUGGACGUUGUGUUUGGAAAGUACUGGCUGUCUCAGUGCUUUGAUGCCAAAGGCCGCUACAUACGCACCAACCUGAACAUGCCUCACAGCUUACCUCAGCGGAGUGGUGGAUUCCGGGAUUAUGAGAAAGACGCUCCAAUCACUGUGUUUGGAUGCAUGCAAGCGAGACUAGUGGGUGAAGCAUUGCUGGAGAGCAACACCAUUAUUGAUCACGUCUAUUGCUCCCCAUCUCUACGCUGUGUCCAGACUGCACACAAUAUCUUAAAAGGUUUACAACAAGAAAAUCUCCUUAAGAUUCGUGUAGAGCCAGGCUUGUUUGAGUGGACCAAGUGGGUUGCCGGGAACUCCUUACCAGCGUGGAUACCGCCAUCAGAGUUAGCUGCCGCCAACCUGAGUGUGGAUACAACCUACAGACCUCACAUUCCAGUCAGCAAAUUAGUGGUUUCAGAAUCCUAUGACACUUACAUCAGUAGAAGUUUCCAAGUAACAAAAGAAAUAAUAAGCGAAUGUAAAAGUAAAGGAAAUAAUAUUCUGAUUGUGGCCCACGCAUCUUCCCUCGAAGCGUGCACCUGCCAGCUUCAAGGCCUGUCACCUCAGAACUCCAAGGACUUUGUACAGAUGGUCCGCAAGAUCCCAUACCUGGGCUUUUGCUCCUGUGAAGAAUUGGGAGAAACUGGAAUAUGGCAGCUGACAGACCCACCCAUCCUUCCUCUGACCCAUGGACCAACUGGGGGCUUCAGCUGGAGAGAGACCUUGCUACAAGAAUAAACGACAUGCGUGCAUUGAGAGAAGAGGCCUUUUGAAGACGUGUCGUCUUGUGUCUUCAGUAACAAUGGAAAACUCCACACCGCAUUCUAGGUGAACAGCUCAGAAUGAUUUAGCUUAUUUCCUUUCAUGCUUAAGGUUCCUAGGAUGAGACUGUGCAAUUGCGAGAAAGACUUGAUUCAGGGAAACACAAUGCAUGCUCUCUGGACUCUUGCCUCGCUACCAAGGCUUUGGAGAGCUGUCCGCCUGCACGGGGGCUCCUGCUGCAGCAGGGCGUGUCCUCCUGCUUCUGUCUCUGCACAGAGUAGGAGCCUCACUGCUCCACAGGGAGCUGGCAGCCCACUCUGUGGAGGGAAGCAAGGGGAGGGAGAGCAUCCGAAUCCAGCCGGGGGAACACUGAGGCGCACUUAGGGGACAGGAUUUUCAUUUGAACUCUAGUUUCCAGUUAGGCAAAGCCAAGCUGAGGAAUGCUCUUAAGGUAAUUAGCACCCACACCCUGCAGAGCGUCAUCCUUAGGUUGCAAAUCCAAGUUUUACCCUCAGUAGACCCCGUAGAGCAGUUUUGCUGGCUCAAAACACCUGCUUGAUGAGGCUCAUGUUUACCCUGGUACCACCACAUCUUCUCCAGAGCAACUGGCACUUCUUGCUACUGGCCUUUCCCCCUUGCUUCUGUCUGUGAAAUGGAGACAAAGCAUUUGUGCUCUCCAAGGUACUUUGGACACUCAGGAGGAAGAUAAAAUAAAGGUGUGAAGUAUGCAAUGGUAGGUGCAGAGAACUUACAAAAUAUCAAGGGACUUGGAAUGACCUCCACUGUAGCCUAAUCAGCUACAGCAUCUCUAAAAUCACCAAGAUUUGCGUAUCCACGCCCCUAGAUGUAGGCUGUGUUACCUAGUUUAAGGAUGCUGACAUUUGGAAAAAAAAUGGGUGUUUGAAGCAUGAAUUUGGGUAAGCAAGAGGCUCAUUCUGUGCAAUAUGGACAUCGUUACCAACCUCAUGUAGACUUACAGUACCUGUCCACCUUAGCAGGAUGUCCACAGGUGCAUCAGUUGUACCAGAGAUGGAUAAUAAAGUCAGGGAACUAAUGUAAAUGAUGACAGGCAUGGCUUCGCUGGCUACCUGUACUGUCAUCUUUGUUUUUCUAUUAGUAAUUUAAAGCAUAUAGAUAGGGCCCAUUGAGGCAAGUUGGAGAUCCAUAUCAUGUGGUUUCUCAACACAUCUGCUUCCUGCAUCGAGAGGGAGUUCAUAUAAAAGAAAAAUAAAUGACAAUCAAGCCAAAAGAUCAGUCCUCAAUGUCUAUUUAGUUACAUUCACUAGCCGGCUAUUGAUAGCCACAGACAAGGGUCUGCUAUGGUUUAGUUCACUGUGUAGAGUAUGUGUGCAAAGUGAAAUCCCAGCCAUGAAAAGGGAGCAUUAGUUAGCGUAAAGCAAAUCUAUAUAUGUGUAGCAACAUUGAAUAAGUUUCAAAACCCAGACACAUAAAACAUAAGAUCUAUAAAAAUAGAUCCAUGCUUGUAUUUGGAACUGGAAUUUUGAGAUGCCUGGAAAAAAAGAGGAAGUAAAACGAUGCUGGCUGUAUGUUAAUCAGCAAAAGAAAAACAGCCUGCAUUUCCUGAAAGUCAUUUGGAGAAAUAUGAGGGUACUUCAAAAAGUUCAUGGAAAAUGGAGUUAAAAGAUAAGUUGAUUUGGUGCAAAAAUUUUUUGAAAUCCAUGUGUAUGAGGAAUCUUCAAAAUGCUCAUGGAAGUGCAUAUUAUUAAAAAAAUUUAUACAUGGAUUUAAUUAAUUCCAUUUUUUUCCCACAGUCUUUUUGAAGUACUCCGUAGGUCAUGAAUUUUACAUUUUAAGAAACAAAUCGCAAUUUCUUCUAGCAAUGCAUAAACACUGAACCAGCUUCUAUGUACAGAGUGCUGAGGUGCUAACAUAUGCAUUGCUGUUUUCACCUUAAUGUGGGGUGGGAGAGGAGGAAUGGGGGAAAGUGCCAUGGUGAAGCUCUGGAAGGUCACGUUGCAGCCGGGGGACGGUUGUGUAAUCAGCACACUCUAAGGCUUCUUGGGCUCACCGGGAACCGUAGUGGUCUCUGCGUGCUACCAAAGAAAUGCUUGAACGCAUCACAUCCGCUUUCCUUAAAACAGUAGCAGUGUGUUCUGGGCAGCGUGUGCACCCACAUAAAAUAGGGUGUCCUCCCCAUCUCCCUCACUGUCUCGGCCCAGCAAUGACUUCAGCCCAGUGUGGACACAGCAUGAGGCAGUGGUCUGUAUGAACUAAAGGAGGCAGAGAUCUGAAAUAAUCUGGAUAGCUCAGGUGGAAAAUCCUGAGUACAAGAAAGAAUUUAUUCCUCUACUUUACUUACUCAAAGUGCUUAUCAAAAUGGCCCGGAUGAUACACAUCCACACUAAAUUCUCAUUGCCUAUUAAAAAAAAAAAACUGGACUCCAACUGAGAAAUCCUUGGGAAAUCAUGUAUAGUAAAAUCUACAGCUGUAUUACCUGAUUGCACGUUCAUCCAAAAAUUCUACGUUGGAAUUAAAUCUGAAGCUGAAGCUGUUUCUGUUUGAGCUAUGGGGGGAAGAAGUGAGGAAGGAAAGGAAAGCAAACAAAAGCCAGAUAAAAAUAAUCAAAUGGGUUUUUUUUGUACAGAGGAAUUUUUUUCCAGAGGUAAAAAGUUAAUUACAAUACCAGGUGAAAUGAAAUUAACUAAAGGAUUUAAUCUGGGAUUGAAAGUCUGGACCCGGUUCCUGUUCCUGCAGGUGUGCCACAGCAAGCCGCUAAUGCCCCGGUAUUAUUCAUAGAUGGAGCUUUGUUUUCUGUGAUUUUAAAAUGCCGUAUGGAUUCCUCCAUGGAGGAGAAUAAUUGGCACAUUUUAAUGCACACGCUCGGGGUUGCAUUUUCCCAGGCUCUCGUCACCAUCUCUGCAUUGGUAGUGAGGGGCCUGCUGCUUCACCCCAGUAUGGAGUUCAGUUAUAGUGUUUCCCAUUACAUUUAGAUUCAUAGAAUCUGAAUGGCUGAUUAAAUGGCCAUCUGAUGGCUGACGGAGGGGGGCUAUUUUUCACCCUGUCCUGAAAGGCUUGGGAGGAGUUUCUAUUUUUUAUUUUAAUUAUACUUUAACCAAAGAAUUAUUUUAAAGUAACCUUAUAUUUGAGAGAUGAUUUUGCAAAAUGAAUAAAUCAAUAAAUCAGUCUUCUGGAGUGA